AUGGCUGGCAAGUUUAAUAUUGAGACAGAAAAUAUAAAGUCAUUUUAUGGAUUGCCUGACGAACUAAUUCAACAGAUUUUAUUCUAUUGCACGCCAAAUGACAUACUUUACGUUCAGCGUGUAUGUAAGAAGCUUUACCAACUUGGAGGCGAGCCACUACUUUGGCGACAUCAUUGUUUGGUAGAUUUUGACCACUGGGAUGCAAAGCACAAAAUAUGCGAAAAAUUUACGGAGCCCUCGGAGGGGGUAAAUUGGAAGAUGUUAUACAAAUAUCGCAAUCAUGUUGACGUGAAGACAGCCAAAGUGUUCGAGAGUAUUCUUCACUCGCAAGUAAACCGGGUCUCUAAAUAUCAAACAAUCGCUGACUUUGGCUAUGAUGCCAAAGACACUUUGCUUCGUCACUGUAUUGAAAGCAAAAUUUCCGACGAUUCUUUAUCCAGAAGGUAUUAUGCCAAAUCUGUCCUCGAUUUUAUUCACCGAUGUAAAGCACUAGAAGUAUGGCAAGGUAUACUGGACGGUGAAAAUAUACCACUCGAGGUAGCCGUAGGUUCAUUUGACAUGUUUACUUUGCACGAUGAACCGGGUGAUCUUUAUGCGAUAUCAGAAGUUUUUGAAAAGCUAGCUGAAAAUUUUCGACUUCAGUGCCCUGGAGUCGAAAGCUUACCUACAAGGACGAAAGUAAUAGCUUUAAACUCAUUUUUUAAAAAACUAAACCUAAAUGAACGAAUAUCUUCCUCGCCUUACUUGGAUCUAAAAAACCACUACAUUGGAACAGGUUUAAAUAAACCCGGACAUCCAUUAUCAUCCUUAACCUGCGUUAUUAUAUAUUGUGCGUUAGGAAAGAAAAUUGGACUUGACGCACGCGUGUGUAAUAUGCCAGGAAGUUCUUAUGCAACAAUAUUUCCGAAUCCUGGCGAGUCAUUAGGAUCUCCUUGCUUAGAUGAAAAAGAGCUAGAAAAUGAAAUCGUAUAUUUAGACCCAAAUCGAUUCAUGGAGCAAAUCUCGAUAACUACACUACGUCAAACUCUUUCUGGAUUGGGACUUCCGCCUAAAAAAGAUUCAGAAUAUCUAACACAGUUAGGCGUCUCUUCUAUUAUUCAACAUAUAUCAAGAUGUAUUCUAGCCAGUGUUAGUCUUCACAAGACUCGGGACGGAAAGAACCUUAUCCGAAGGUUCCUGCCCACAACCCAAGCCGAGUUUUAUUCCGACAUGGAAAAUGCAUAUUACUCGGCGCUUUGGGCAAAUAUUAUGUUCAUAAAUCAUUUGAAAAAUCAAGCUGAUAAACUCAAGCAAAGGCGUCUUAUACGUAUACUUCUAGACGAAUACAUUAGCAAGUACCCAAUGGACGGAUCUCUUAUUGAGAAGCAUAUCCUUCCGCUUCACGAUAAUUUCCAGGAUCCAGAAUUUUCCAGAAUUACGACCACAUUGAAUUUUGUCCGAGCCUCCGAUAAAACACCAAAGCGUACAAAAUUAUAUCGAUCAAACUUCAAAACUGUGAAGUAUAAAGUUGGACAAGUGUUCAGUCAUAAACGUUAUAGAUAUAUUGCAGUUAUUACUGGAUGGGGCUCAGAGGUCAGGGAAAGUAAUGGAAUAGAUCCUAUCUCCCAAUCCUACCCUUUAUCUCAAGACUGUAAUCGACACUUCUACCAUGCACUCGCUGAAGAUACUAGUAUUCGCUACGUCUCAGAAGAAAAUAUUGAAAUUAUUAAGCCCGAGCAGCCAUUAUCACUUAUGAGUCAAGCUGGAAAGUAUUUCAAGCGAUGGGAUGCAAAGACUCAUACUUUUAUAUCAGGAAUUAAAGAUGAGUACCCAGAGGAUUAA